AUGAAAGAACUACUACACGUCCGUCAAUAUGUUGGCAUCUCAGCGCGCAACGGACGCACGUCCGCGCCACCUGCGCGUCGAAGCAGGGUGGCACUGGCGGUGCUCAGGGACGCGAAUGGCCAGGCCGCGUCGGUGUUCGGGAUAUCUCAGGAGGACGCUCAGAAGCGCAGCCCUGUGGAGUGGGACGAGGAGGCGGAGGGGUUCUGGCGGGCGUCGGGCCGGAGGAUGACGGAGGUGCGGCGGCUGUUUUCAACGAGCACGAACCGCAUCUGGGCGGACGGAGAGGCGCUGUCGCAGCGGGAACAGGAGUGGCUGAGCGAGCUGCCGUGGAUGACGGAGUCGGACCUGCGCGCCAUGGUUCGGAAGAGCCCGCGACUCAUUACGCACACAGCACGGAGCCUGGCGGCCAAGAUGGAGGCCCUGGAGCGCUACCUGCCGGCGGUCCAGUGCCAGAAGCUCGUCAAGCGAGACCCACGGCCGCUCACACGGAGCGAGGCGAGCCUCAAGCGGCAGGUGGCGGUUCUGCGGGAAGCGCUGGGCGCGGGAGACCCCCCCGGGGGCGACGCAGUCCUUGCCAAGGCGUUACGCGCCACCAGCACUCUUCUGCAGUACCCUGUCGCGCAAAUCACGCUCCGUCGAGAUGAGGUCGUCCAGGCCGCCGAAAUGCUGCUGCUCGAGGGUCGCAAGGGUGCGGAGCACGCGGGGGCCCCCGCCGCGGCCACGCCCCCCGACAUCGGGCGGAGCGCCCAGGCGUGCGACCCGCGGGUCCCUGCCGGGCAAGUCAACACCUUCCUGCCGCGGCGCCGCCGCAGGAGCGCACUACCGGAGGACGACGCGGCGGCCAUCGAGGCGACGGCAACACGACUGGUGCAAAAGGCCCCCUCGCUGCUGACGCAGUCCGCCGGCGCCGUGAAACGGCGCAUCGAUGACCUCAUGCGUCUCAUGGCGCCGCGCGUGGGCCGCGCGUGCGUGGCUCGGAUCAUCGUCGCGGAGCCGGGGCUGCUGUGCUCGCAACACAUUUGGAAGGGCACGGCGCCGAAGUGGCUGCUGCUGGUCGAGGCCUGCGACCGCGUCGAGGCGUGGAGCGCGUGGCUCGACACGUCGCCGGCGUCGAGCAUUGCGCGCAUCGUCUGCCUGAAGCGUGAGAACGUGGCGCAGCUGAUGGCGCUGGCGGACCUGGCCGCGGAGUUUGAGACCGCGGAGAGGCGGUCGCGCGAGGGGGACAUCAUCGCGGACGCGUGGCGCAAGGAUGAGGGGGACGCGGAGCUGCGGCAGGUGCAGGAGGCGGCGGCGAAUCUCCUGCGGUACGUGCCGACGACGUUGCUGCAGCGCAGGAGCGUGGAGGGCCCGGGGGGACUCUUGGAGGGGCUCGGGGUACAGGCCGAGGUGUUUCGGGAAGUUGUGCUGGAGCGGGCGGCGCUGUAUGUGGAGGACUACGACGGCCUGGGUGGCGUUUGA